AUGUCGGCUCACCAGCAACAAAUCUCACACAACCGACAGAACGCAUCUGCCUGCAUACCAGCCGUACCUGAGGCCAUCCCAUCUCUGCCUCUGGCCAUCCCAUCCGUACCUGAGGCCAUCCCAUCACAGCAGAAACAGCGGCAACCGAAGCAGCUUCAACAUCAGCAGCACAGCAACAACAGAAGCAUCAACAGCAGCGACAGCACAGCAGCGACAGCACAGCAGCGACAGCACAGCAGCGACAGCACAGUAGCAAUAGCCUCAACAGCACAACACAGUAGCCACAGCACAGCAGCAACAGCAGCCACAGUAGCCACAGCAGCAACCGCAACAAUAGCACAGCAGCAACAACAUGUCUUCAAAAUGCAGCAGCAGCAACAACAACUUCAACAGCAGCGCAAAGCGGCAGAAGCAGCAACAGGAGCAGCAACAGCAAAGGAUGAGCAAGUAGCAGUCGUGGUUAAAAAGGAGGAAUGA